CCCUCCAUCGGCCUACUUUUUGGAGCAAGAGCACCUGGGCUUGUCCUGAAGCUUCCAGCCAUCUGCCUACCUGCUAGGGCCUCUCUGGAGCAGCCAUGAAGUCCCUCGCCCUGUUCCUUUGCCUUGCUCAGCUCUGGGGCUGCCAUUCUGUCCCAGUGGGGCCAGCUCUGGUUUAUAGGGAACUGGACUGUGAUGACCCAGAAACAGAGCAAGCAGCCCUGGUGGCUGUGGACUACAUCAAUAACCAUGUUCUUCGAGGCUACAAGCACACCUUGAACCAGAUUGACAAAGUGAAGGUGUGGCCUCGGCGGCCAAUGGGAGAGGUGUUUGAGCUCGAAAUAGACACCCUGGAAACCACCUGCCAUGUACUGGACCCCACGCCCCUGGCCAACUGCACCGUGAGGCCGCAGAUGCAGCAUGCUGUGGAAGGGGACUGUGAUUUCCGGCUGCUGAAACAGGAUGGCCAGUUUACCGUGUUAUUUGCAAAAUGCGAUUCCAGCCCAGACUCAGCCGAGGACGUGCGCAAGGUGUGCCCACAGUGUCCCCUGCUGGCGCCGCUGAACGACACCAGGGUGGUGCACGCCGUGGACGCUGCGCUGACCGCCUUCAACGCUCAGAGCAACGGCUCCUAUUUUCGGCUUGUGGAAGUCUCCAGGGCUCAACUGACGCCUCUUCCACCUUCCACAUAUGUGGAGUUUGCAGUGGCUGCCACAGACUGUGUUGCUGCAGAGGUCACAGAUCCAGCCAAGUGCAACCUGCUGGCAGAAAAGCAAUAUGGCUUCUGUAAGGCAACACUCACAGAGAAGGUUGGUGGGGAAGAUGUUGCAGUGACCUGCACCGUGUUCCAAACACAGCCUUUGAUACCGCAGCCCCAACCAGACGGCACCGAAGCAGUGGGCCCUACCGUUGUGGCAGACCCAGGUGUGACUGUGCCUGAAGUUUCACCUGACCUGCCUGCAGCUGCCCUGGUGGUAGGACCCGUGGUGGUAGCAAUUCCCGAGGCACCCCUACCAGAGCACCGGGCACACUAUGACCUGCGUCAUGCCUUCAUGGGUGUGGCCUCAGUGGAGUCAGCCUCAGGAGAAGCAUUCCAUGUGGGGAAAGUACCCAAGGUGGUGCACCCUGACGUUGCUGUUGCUGCUGGUCCAGUGGUCCAUCCUUGCCCAGGGAGAAUCAGACACUUCAAGAUCUAGAUGUAGGUCAGAGAUGAGGAGAUUUGGCCCAGGAACAUAGCCGCCAUUUUGUCCAAGUCUGGGUAUGGGUGGGGGCCUUGUUUGCUAUCGAAGCAGGUGCUAUGCAGGUCUAGAUUAAUAUCAAGUCUGCAAUCCCAACUUCUCUUCCUUCUUCAGAGAAUGGAAGCAGAGGGGUAAUGUUAUGUUUCAUGGAAGGUAUAAGGCUGGCAACUUGAUGGUCAUUGUUUUGAUGCUAAGCCACCACCAUUGUGUUCUCUCCCUUCUUUGACCUCACAAAAACAAUUGGAACUGUGACUUUGAGAGGUGCUCUUGCCAACUUCAUAUUUUCUUGUUAAUGAAAGUGACUGAAGACCUUCCUUAAUAAAGAAGGUUCUAAGCUGAAA